CGUAAAAGAAAGGGAAAACAGUCUGAGAGAAGCGCUGGAGACGUGGGCCGAUAACAACGGGAGCCUCCAGUGUUUUGUCAUAAGUUACCGAGCAGGAGAGUCGUUUUGUUGAGCUGGGAAGUGUUAGCGGCGGAUGCUAACCGCUACCGCUAGCCGAAGUUAGCAUCGAGCUAGCUCCCUACAACGGAUUCAAGAUUCAAGAAGACUUUAUUUAUCCCGAGGGAAAUUGUCUUGCAACAGUAGUAAAACAAAGUGAGAAAGGAAUACAAAAGUAAUAAAUAAUGUGUAAAGACAUCCAGGACGUUUUUUGACGCCAGCCUGCACUUCAUCGGUUGCCUGGGCAUCACCAUCUACAUUCACCUUCCUUCAACACAUCCAGUUGGUAUUGAAGCAGCUUCCUGGACCCUCAUGUUGAGACGCAACUUGAUCCGUCAAUAUGGCAAAUCCCAUACGACUCCUCAUCUUGUUGAGUGAUGACAGCUCAGAGAGGAUGGAUCUACCACUGGUGCCAGACAACUUUGAAGAGCUCAUUGAACAGAUCAAUGCAGAGUUUCUGUGGGUUACUGCAGUUCCCCUGCUGACAAGAUUUAUGGCCCAGCUGGACAAGUACUCCACGCAGCUACUGAAGAUCAUCAAAAAGAAGGGAGGGGCAACCAAAGCAAAAACUGCUACGAUCCUGGAGUUUCUUGAUCAGGAUGCUGAUGCUGAUCUCAGAAGGGAGUGUGUCCUCAAAUCUCUCAUAUUAUACCUGGGAGAAUGUGUUGAGGACCUGAUAAAAGAAUACACAAUGUUCGAGAAAGAUCAAGCCGAGCAAGAGCUGGAGAGUACCACCAUGGCGGUCUUCGUCUUAAGAGAGAACUCGAGCCUUCUACAACAGCCCAAAGAGAUUGGGAUCAUCAUUGAUGGUGUGGAAGUCCUCAAUGUGUUGCCUUCUGUGGCAGCUGGAGUGGUAAUGCUCUUUGGACUCUGUUAUGCCAGUAACAUGGAAUAUCCACAGGCGUUCAGGUUCACCUUUGAGGCACUUCAGAACGUCCUGAUGGAGCUUGGUUCCAACAAAAUGAGCUCCAAGAUUCGCAAACUGAAUGGUGAACUCCACGCUGAACAGUAGUAUGUGUGGCAUGCGUACACGUGCUUGCGUGUGUAGUAACCACAAGCUGCUAGCCAGCACUUUGAGGGGGAGAACCUCAGCUGCACUUAGUUGCACCUAGCCAAGGGUGCUGUAGCCAUUUAAAGCUAUGUUAUAUUGUUGGGCUUUGAGUGAGUGUUUUGAAUUUGGUCGUUUUAGGGUCAACACUGCUUCCAGAAAGCAAUAUUUUAUUUCAUUUCAUUUACCAGUAAUUACAGUUCAGAUUGUAUAGAGCCUGUGUAUAGGCCUAUUGCCAUGUGUGUUUGUCCUGGUUCAUUUGCUGUGUAGGCAAUCUAUUUUUUAUUUGACUUGCAUUUCUUAAAGAUCUGUUCUGAAAACUAUGCAGCAGAUUCUAAGUUCAGAUACUAUCUUGAUAAAGACUGCCCAUUUAAAAAGGGAGAUUCCAGUUGCCAGAGGCUGAUAAAACAGUAUAUGUUUUCUAAAAAAAAAAUUCAGUUAUUAUUCCUGUGUGCUACAGUAUAUAGCAUCCUCCCCUGCCCUCAUGGCCCUGUCCUGCUCUCUAUCCUCCUCUUUCCUGCCUCCAUUCUCCAUCCUUUACUCUGUUCCCCUCUUCACUCUACUGCCCUCUCCAUCCUAUCUUCUCCUGGCCUGACUAGCCUAAGAAAUCAAAGGUAGUCUUAUAGUUUAAAUGAAUGAUUGGCAUGAAAACUAAAAGAGAUCAGUACCUGAAAAUUGUGUUCUGAUGGCUGUACAAGUUGUAAUGAUUUAACAUACAAAUAAAAACAUCAGUAACUUUGCGUCUGGAUGUUUGAUCCCAGGCAUUACAGGGAAAUGACAACAAUAUCAACAGGGAUCUCACCCUUUGUUUAAGCAUCUGUGUUUUAUUUAAGUUUCAAUUGGCUCCACAUCAAUCCAUGCAACAGCACAUGUUCUUACAGAGAAUGAUUAGAAUCUAUAUAAAUAGGAAACUCUGUUGCAAUUGGCUGAUUAACAUGAGAACAUCUUCUUCUCCUCUUCUCUCCGUCUCCUCCCCUCGCCACCUUGCAAUGCCUUUAGGGAUGCUAUACAGUGUAUCAAUUUAGUCAGCAUCUCAUAAUCCAGGGUUACUCACUUGCCUUCUUUUAGAAUAAAACAAAUGAAGUCCGAUUGCCUAAUGUUAAUAUGUUGCAUAUGGUUCAUAUAUGUUAAAGAUUAAUGAAUACAUUUAACGUCAUCUGUUG